AUCUAUCAUAGUGUAGUAGAGCCCAGCUGCUCCAUGCAGACACUUCCCUUUUAUUGAUGGGGAGAGGAAGAAAACCUAUUGAUUGUAUACUGGAGAAAAAGAGGGGAAAGCUGCACCUUACAAGGGCAUAACCAGGGGCCCAUCCUUUAUACUAACAGCAGGGAGGGACAGAGUCCCUCCUAAGGACAGAGGGAUGAGCACAUGGAGCAGUCUCCAGAGACCUCAUUAGUCCCCUGCGGGAAGGACAAGUACAUUUCCAAGAAUGAUCUACUUUCCCACCUGAAGAAUUAUAAUCUGUAUUAUGAGGGUCAGAACCUACAGCUCAGGAACAGAGAGGAAGAGGGGGAACUGAUUGUGGAGGGGCUACUGAACAUCUUCUGGGGUCUAAGACGUCCAAUACGCCUUCAGAUGCAGGAUGACAAUGAGCGGGUCCGUCCUCCUCCCUCCUCCACAUCCUGGCAUUCGGGAUGUAACCUGCUUACCCAACGACCAGUGAGUAAACCUGCCACCAUCCCUGAUAUCCAAAUUACAGACUGUGAUGAUGACCCUCCUAACACAGAAGGUGAUAAUGGAAAGGAAUCUCAGGAUGACACCCCACAGUUAAUGCGCACAAGAAGUGAUGUUGGGGUACGAAGAAGGGGGAAUGUAAGAACGCAAGGAGAGCAAAGGCGAAUUAAACGACACCGAUUUUCAAUUAAUGGGCACUUCUAUAACCACAAGACAUCAGUGUUUACCCCAGGCUAUGGGUCCGUAACAAAUGUACGUGUAAACAGCACAAUGUCUACUCCCCAGGUCUUGAAACUGCUUCUGAAUAAGUUUAAGAUUGAGAAUUCGUCUUCAGAGUUUGCUCUAUACAUAGUCCACAUAAGUGGAGAGAAGAGGAAGCUGACGGACUCAGAUUAUCCCCUAAUCGCUCGGAUCCUGCAAGGCCCCUGUGAGCAGGUGUCCAAAGUAUUUCUCAUGGAAAAAGACCAAGUGGAAGAGGUCACCUAUGAUGUGGCUCAGUAUAUUAAAUUUGAGAUGCCCGUUCUGAGCAGUUUCAUACAGAAGCUCAAGGAAGAAGAGGACAGGGAAAUUAACAAGUUAAUGACAAGGUACACGUAUCUGAGGGAUGUUAUUGAGCAGCGCUUACGUGACAUGGCGAACUGUCCUGCUAUAUUGUAGCGUCUAUGUUAAUAAGAGUUUCCUGACAUUGUGAAAACCAGGAUCCUAAUGCAGAAUAUUUACAACCAAGCUGAGUUGGAAUUAAAGAUGUUCUUAAGCAAUGUUGCUUCAGUUAUAAAAGCACAAACUUUCUUCUUCUUCUUCUGCAGUUGUUAAUUGGUUGCAUCAGAAAUGAUGGUAAACACAUUACACAGAGUUAAGUGGCUGUUCUGUCACACAAGCUUACUGGAAACAUCUUACCAAUAUCCCAGAAGAAAAUAGCAAAUUAGGUAUUAUCAGGAGCUCCAAUAGAGGCUGAAAUGCGAACAGUUAAACUAAAUAUAGCAAUAUAAAAUAUUACAAUAAAAUAGACAAUUUAUUAAAUGUCAUAAGAUUAUAUAUGGAUCAUAUAUAAAAUGUAAAUGAUUUAAAACAUUCGCAUGUACAUAAAUUACAAAAAGAAUACAAUUAAAAAAAAACUGCAACUUGAGACUUUAAUAGUGUCCCAAAUAUGAUGGAAAACUCAUUAAAUUAGUGUCAAAAAACCUUAAACGAAUAAUCCCGAAAAAAAUUAAAAAUCUAGAUCACAGUGACAUCAACAAGUGAAUAUAGCCUUGAAUUAAAUAAACAAUACUACAGUGCAAUUCUGUAUUAUAAGUCCUAUAAGCAAGAAGUCAAAACUCUUAACAGACCAAACAUAAAGAUAGCAAUAAACCAGAGUAUAUACAGCGUUCGUAGACGCGUUUUGAACCCAGGGUGGACUUUUCCCAAGACUACUUCAAGGAGAUUUCCAUUAACUGGACACUAAUUCAAGGAGUUUUCCAUUAUAUUUGGGACACUAUUAAAGUCACUUUUUGCACUUUUCAUUUUUUAUUCUUUUUGUAAUUUAUUUUGAUGUUUUUAAUAAUGUAUGUGUUAGAUGGAUCCGUAUAUAAUGUUAUGACAUUUAAUACAUUUUCUAUGCUAUUUAUAGUUUAACUGUUUGAUCACCCUUCAUUCUUUACUGGCACGCCUGAUAAUACCUAAUUGAUUAAUUUACUGCAAGGCAGCACUUCAAAAGAUACACCAAAAUCUAUUUUUUCCACAAAAAAUAAGCAUACAAGUUCUUUGCAAUGCUAACUUUAGCACAUAUAGAAUGUUACCCAUAAUACUGCAAAACAGUUACGAAAAUGGCUUGUCAAGAGGUUUAUUUACACAAGCCCUAGAAUACAUUCCCUACUAAUGAUUAACAUUUUGCAAAAUUUACUUCAUUACUUUGUAAUGGUUCAUAUUUAGAUCAGGAUAAUACAUGACUCAACACGUUGAGAUAUUAAUUUAUGUGUCAUUCAAUAAUUUGGAUAAAUUGUUAAUGGAGAUUAUGGGUGAUAUUUAAAUAACAUUGAGGUAUGUAAGAGAAAAGGCUUCUAAAAGUUUUCCAAAAAAUAAUUUUAGAAACAUAAUUUCCCAUUUUACAGGAUGGCUGUGAAAACAUAUUACGUGAGUCAGAGAGCACUCUCUGUAGGGACAUGAUCUCCUAUACAAAAUGGCUGACCUGUGACUCACGUGAUCUGCUCCCCUUUUGGCCCGUGCCAUCCUGUAUAAUCGGAAAGUUCCCAUGUUUCUUUGCAGGAAAAGCACAAACUGAAAAAAUAAUUAUUGUCAAUGACUUUUGUAAAAAAGAUAACGGAUGUUUUUGUGGCAAAAUUCACACACAAAUAGUAUUAAGGAGAAUUUAGGAAGCUGAUUGCUCAUUUUGGAGCAUUAAAUAUUCCUCAUUUAAGGGAAUUUGUUAAAAAAAAUGGCUUAUUGCCAUCAUCCUAUUGCUUUGUUUAACUAAGAGGUUCACAGAUUUAAAGGGUCAUGAAAGUGAUGCAUUGUCAUUCCAUUUAGUACAUAAUAAAACAGCUUAUUUUCCAGAAAUUAAAUGUUCAUGGUUCAGAUAGAACAUGCAAUUUUAAGAGUCUUCAAUUACCCAUGUUAUCAAAUUUAUUUUGUUCUCUUGGUAUAUUUUGUUGAAAGGUAUACCUCCUACAGUGCACUACUGUGAACUAGCUGGUGAUUGGUGGCUAAACACAUAGUAUGCAUUUCUGCUUUGCAGAGGUUAAACAAAUAUGCCAGCAACAGUUCAAUAAUCAAAAUUCCCCAAUAAAUUAGAGCAUUUUUUUGUGUUUAUGCCCCUUUAAGUUUAAAUCUACCCUACCCUGUAGGUAGGGUUGCCAACUCAACCAUGUUUUCUUGGACACCUAUGGGCUACACAUGCUGCAGGGUGUGCUGGAAGGAACAUGCAUUGCAUUUCUGGACAGCUCUAUUCAUAUUCCUCCUUGCAAACCCUGCAGUAUGUAUAACUCAUAAGUGUUCAGGAAAACAUGGCUGAGGUGACAACCGUACCCGCAGGUUUUUUAAAAUUUUUAUUUAUUGAAAGGCUAUUUAGAAGCUAUGUUGUUUUAGAUGAAAAGUGGUGUCGGAACAUAGUUGAGCUCCUUGCAACAGCUUCUCUCUGCAUGAGACCUUGUCCAUAACAAUGAAAAGCAAUCUCUACAUGCGUAGUACUGCAUCACUAUGGCAACAUGCAGCUGUGGGAGCCAAUCACAUUUUUUACUGGAUCAAAGCAUGAUUGGCUUGAUUAAAAUUUCUUUAGGGAACCAGUUUAACCUUUUCUUCAAGGUUAAGUUAUGCUAAAUGUUUGGAAUGAGGCACUGAAUUGAAUGCAUCCCUUUCCAUGGCGAUUUAAGCACUGUGUUCAGCACAGCUCCAGCCUUUUGGGAUAAAUCACAGUCCAAUGUUUAAUAAUAUCCCUGAAUACACAAAUGUGUUGCAGUUAAAUAAACAUUGUUCUGUAAAAUGCUCUUUCCUUUAAUGUGUUUGCAAUGGACCAUUUUACAAAUAGUUAUUUUACCUUUGUCUUUUAAAAUACCUGAAAAUUUCAAUACAACAGUACUAGCUAUAGAUACGCUAUCUAAACAGGAGGCAGCAGCGGAAAUCUGCCUCUUGUGAUGAUAAGACAGUGAAAGAGCUCAGCUCUGUUAAAAUGGUGUUUAUGCAGCAUCUUUGAAUACAAUUAACUCUUAUCAGGUGCUUGCCUGAGUACAAUAUCCCUUUAAACUGACUAACCUACCUAUGAACACCCAAAGCUGUUAUAUUCAUAUAUAUUUGGAUUGUAGUAGACCCAGAGGGCUGGAGCUAAUAGUUGCUGCUUUGGACUAAGUAUGUUUUGUAAAUUUGCUAUGUUGUAUGUGCUUCUGAAUUUUGUGUCAUGUUCAUUGUCUUUUCUAAAUAUCUAACAAAUGUGAAUUUUUUCAGCUGAUGUUAUUGUACAUUUGCUGGCCUAUUCUGAAUAAAGCACUUUGUACUAAUGCUUUUGAA